ACGCAGUGUUUAUCGGGAACGGGAUAACACGAGAAACCGACUUCUCGACAAAUAACGCACCCGAUCUUUCCUUGAAAUAUGCUCUCCCCACAAAUACAUCGACAUAUCCUCUGCAAAGUUAACAAACGUAUAUCGAUCAGUCUUGUUCAACGUUUGUCUGAUCAGAGCGGAAGUGCGGAUGGACAGUCUACCAGUACUCCGCCACCACAGCCUCCUUCUAAAGAACCCACGGUUGAUACAGACAACACUACAUACAAAGUACCGGAAUAUUACGGAUACAACUUGUUCUCGUUUUACGACAUCGACAAGGAUAUGUCUCAAUUCAGAAACCCACAGCCCUCAAAAUACCAGUCAUCUGAACCGAAUAAAAAAUAGGUUAUUAUAAAGUGUGUUUAAGAGACUGUUACCGUUACAAGUAAUAAUGUGUGCUAUUAGCCUAUUAUGGAUUUGAAUAAAGGGAUACAAAAUCUA